UUAAAAACAUCAAUAUGGAGAAGCAGAUCCUCGAGCUUUUAGAAUUCUUGCAUCAGCCUAGCUUGGAGGUCCGCGCCAUUGCCUUGCAUCACAUUGUACCUUAUACCGCUAAAACUUCGGAAUAUCAACCCCUCCUUAUCAGCAACCGAAAAACCCUUUGCAAGGAUUUGAAAGCUCUUGUCCGAGAGGAUCCCAUCACGGCCCACGAUGCCAUCAAAGGCCUCAUCAAUCUUUCGGGCGAUCCUCGGGUACAGGAAGAAUUAGACGAUGAAGAUUUCAUCAAGUACUUGGCUCUUCUUAUUACCAUUCCCAAAUCGGUGACAGCGGAUGUGGCCUGCAUGCUGUUAUCCAACAUGACCAAGUAUGAACCCGUCUGUGUAAAGUUGAUCAACGCUCAAAUCAAGCCUUUGCCGGAACUCACAAAAUCUGAUCGCUUGAUGGAUCAUCUUGUCGAAGUAUUUCAUCGUGGACACAAAAAGGCCUACAAUGAUCAAGCAGAGUUCCACUUUUUAGCCAGCGUAUUCUCGAAUGUCUCAACUAUUCGACUCGGUCGCGUCUACUUUCUCGAACCUUCAAAGGAUGACGGUACGGCGCCUUUGACCAAGUUGCAGAUUUUCACCGAAGAUGGGAAUGUCAUCCGUCGUGGCGGUGUUAACUGUACGAUUAAGAACUGCUGUUUUGAAACACGACAGCACGAGAAACUCUUGCACGCCGAUGAACUCAAUACUUUGCCGUUUAUUCUUCUUCCGUUAUGUGGCAAUGAAGAAUACGAUAUGGAAGAGUUUGAACAGUUCCCUGAAGAAAUCCAAUUACUUGAUGACGACAAGAAACGCGAAACUGAUCCUGUGUUGCGAAUGAUGCUUUGCGAAGCCUUGGUCUUACUGACCACCACACGUUUCGGCCGCGACUACUUGCGCGAAAAGCAAGUCUACCGCGUCAUCCAACGCUUACAUGCGGCAGAAACAGAUGAAGAUAUCAAGGAAAAAUGUGUCUCCAUUGUCGAUAUGCUCAUCCGUGAUGAAGGCGCCCCAGAAAUCAGCGAAGUCAAAGAAGAAAACGAAGAAGACGAAGAUGAAGAUCUCAUCAUUGAAGAAAUCGCAUAA